AUGAGCACCACUGUCACCACUGUCGCGUUAACGGGCCUCGGCGGAGUUGGGAAAACACAAAUUGCAAUAGAAGCGGCAUACCGUGCGCGAGAAAAACGCCCGCAACUCUCAAUAUGCUGGAUCUCUGCGAGCAGUGCGGAAACAAUAGAGCAGGGAUGGCUUGGCUUGUGUAAGACGCUGGAAAUUCCGCUGGAUAAAUGUACGAGGGCUAGGGAACUUGUCUGCAGGAAGUUAGAGGAAGAAGGUUUUGGACCUUGGUUACUGAUUAUCGAUAACAUGGAUGAUAUGGAUACUUGGGCAUCAGAGAAAAGCUGGCUUCCUACGAACGGUAAUGGAUUGAUGCUCCUCACGACGCGAAAUCGCAAAAUAGCUGUGAAUGCAGCAUCGUCACGAGUGUACAACAUCCCCGCGCUGGAUUUGAGCGAGGCUGAAACGUUAUUAUCUCAUCGUAUCUUUGAUCCAAAGCCCGUGGAUUAUGACUGGUGCUCCGUUCGCCAACUCGUGACAAAGCUCAAUUGCUUGCCACUUGCGAUUACCCAGGCUGCAACGUACAUCAAUUCCAAUGGGGUGACGGUGGCAGAGUACCUCUCUUCUCUCAGCGGGAGUGAGCAAAGUCUAAUGGAGACUCUGAGCGAAAGCUUUCCGGAUGAAGGGAGGUAUGCCGGUCAGGCAAAUGCCAUUGCAUCAACCUGGACUAUUUCCUUCAAAAAGAUCCAAAAUGUGGACAGCCUCGCGGGGCAGUAUAUGUCGAUCAUGUCUUGCCUAUAUACACAGGGUAUCCCGUUAUCCAUCCUCCCUGCCUCAAAGUCAAAAAAGGCACUGAUGGAUGCAAUUGGCACAUUAUCCGCAUAUUCGUUCGUCAAUUAUACUUACCUUCCAACGUCUAACUUGGGGACCACCAUCCCAGGUCUAACCAUCCACCCUCUCGUUCAUGCAGCCAUGCGAAACUGGCUACGGGAAGCCAAAGCGCUAACUCGGUCAACGGUCAAAGCUAUACAGCACAUUGAUACCAUAUUCCCUGAACAUGAUGAUCACAUGCGCCAAAGUCAAUUGUUCGGAUCUUGGAGGUGCUACCUCCCUCACGUGGACUACCUCAUGCGUACAACGACAGACAAUAUCUCCAUAGAGCGUGUCGAUCUUCUCGAAAAAUACGGACUCUGCCUAUACACUGAUGGCCGGUACCGCGACGCAGAAGAACCAUUGCACACAAUUCUCCAGAUCAGGACGAAACUUUUCGGGCAGCAAGACGCCCGCACACUAAACAGCAUGAACAACCUCGCUCUAGUGUAUAGCAAUCAGUCUAAACUCUCGACAGCAGAGACGUUGCAAGGGCGCGCAUGCAAGUAUUCCAAGGAAGCUCUUGGACAUGACCACCCGUGCUACAUUAAUGGAAUAAAUACGCUUUCGACUAUAUACCAGAGGCAGGCUCGGUGGGACGAUGCCGAGGUCCUGGGGAAGAAGAUAGUGGAAUACCGACAGUCCCACUUGGGGCUUGAAAAUCCCACGACCUUGAAUAGUAUGGAGUCUCUUGCAUACACCUACACGGAACAGGAGCGUUGGAAGGAAGCAGAGGACAUAUUUCGCCAUGUGUUUGACCUCCGUCGCUGGCGACAGGGAGAUCGAGAUCAAAGUGUGCUACGCAGCAUGAACAAUCUCGCUCACAUCUCAAUCAAUCAUGAGGACUGGGAACGUGCCAUCGAGCUGUACAGACAAGCCGUGCAUCUUGCAGAAGAGGUCUUAGGGCCUAAGCACUCAGACACUAUUUCCUAUUCCUGUAACCUGGGUUAUGCCUACCAGGCAAACGGUAUGCUUCUUGAAGCCGAAGAAAUCUGCACGAGGUCUCUGGAGCUAUCCAAAGAGGUGCUCGGAGACAACCAUAUAACGACUUUCUCCUCAAUGGCAAAUUUGGCUAGUGUCAGGAAUGAGUUGGGGUAUGAGCUCCACUCGCUCGACUUGAUGGAGGACUGCGUGCAACGAUGUCGGAAGGUUUUAGGUAUCAAUCAUCCGAUCACUAAAACGUAUUCACAGAUGCUGGAUGAGUGGGAAAUGGCGAAGGAUGGAUUUGACGCAUGCGUGCUUGAUGGAGAGUUCCCUGUCUAA